AAAUACACCAUACACGCCACUGUUUGCUACAAAUAUAAGGGCCAAACAAAAAUAUAAGCUCGCUCGAUCAAGCCUUAAGAAAUAAAAUGCCUUCUGAUCACUUCGUGCCUUCCUCCUAUUACCACCUAUUCAUCUUCACCACCAUUUUCAUCCUCGCUUCUCCAUCUUCUGCUGCAACUGUAACAAAACCGCCGGGUCCCUUCAAGAAGAUCUACGCCUUCGGCGACUCGUUCACCGACACCGGAAACACGAAAUCCGUCACCGGCCCGAGUGGUUUUGGCCACGUGUCGAACCCUCCAUAUGGAAGCACCUUCUUUCACCACCCUACUAACCGGUACUCCGAUGGCCGGCUGGUGAUCGACUUUGUGGCGGAAACUCUGUCCUUGCCUUACUUGCCACCUUACCGAAACCUUAAACAGGGGAAUGCUACGACGUUCGGUGUGAAUUUUGCUGUUGCUGGUGCCACAACAAUAAAGCAUUCAUUCUUUGUGAAGAACAACCUCACCCUCGACAUAACUCCUGAAUCUAUCGAAACCCAGCUCCUUUGGUUUGAGAGGUUCUUGGAGACUCGGGGUUACUGUAAAAACGGAACAUCAGAUUGCAAAGCAGCAUUUGAGGAUGCGCUGGUCUGGGUUGGUGAAAUCGGAGUCAAUGACUAUGCAUACUGCGUUGGAUCUUCCAUACCAGAUGACACCAUCCUAAAACUUUCAAUCGCUAGCUUCACCCACUUUUUGCAGUCAUUGCUGAAGAAGGGUGCAAAAUAUGUUGUGGUACAAGGUUUUCCAUUAACGGGGUGCCUGCCGCUGGCCAUGUAUCUGGCUACUGAAGAUGACAGGGACGAUCUAGGAUGUGUGAAGAGCGUAAACAACCAGAGUUACACCCACAACCUAGUCCUCCAGGCAAAGUUGCAGCAACUCAGGAGGCAGUUUCCUCAUGCUGUCAUCACCUACGCCGAUUACGGGAAUGCCUACCGGACUGUCAUGAAGAAUCCAAGCAAAUACGGGUUCCAGGAGAAGUUCAAAGCCUGUUGUGGAGCUGGGGAACCCUACAACUUUGACGUCUUCAGCACAUGCGGCACGCCUUCUGCCACUGCCUGCAAAAACCCUGCACAAUACAUUAACUGGGAUGGCGUUCAUCUCACUGAAGCUAUGUACAAGGUGGUUUCAAACAUGUUCCUUAAUGGAACAUUUAGUCACCCUCCCUUCAGUUACCUGUUGGAUAGGAAACACAGAGCAGGUUGAACCAUUUUUACCAUUUUUCCGGUUGAAUAACAUUAUUGCUUCUUGUGUGAUGUCAAAAGUUGGGGUUGUAGUUGGAAAUAUGUAUGACUGAAUUCCAUCAUAAAUAUUAUGCCAGAAGUUUUGCUCA